AUGUCCACGACAACAACGACUACGGCUGAAGCCGAACAGGCGCCCAUCAAGUUGACCUUGGCCUACGAUGACAAGAUCCAUGACCAGUACAAAUACUCACAAUACUUGCCUGUCUACGACGAGAAGACAUCGUUCCCUCCUCUCCAGCCAUUUGAAUUCAAUGACCGCGGACUCGUAGCCCACAAGGAGAAGCUCAAUCUUUUCCCCAAAGAUAACUCGACCAUCAAGGCCACCAAGUUGACUCCAGUAAUCGGCACUGAGAUCCGAGGCCUGCAACUCUCUAAACUCGACGACCGCCAAAAGGACGAACUUGCCCUUCUCAUCGCCGAUCGCGGCGUCGUGGUCUUCCGAGACCAAGACUUCAAGGACAUUAGUAUCGAGAAGCAGAAGGAGUUUGGGAGUUACUUUGGACCUCUCCACAUCCACCCCGUCGGAGCACACAUCAAAAACCACCUCGAACUGCACAACAUCUACCUCGGCCCCGACAACGAGUACCGCAACCGCAGCAAGAGCAACAAGCUCUCCACGAUCGGAUACCACUCGGACGUCUCGUACGAGCACCAGUCGCCGGGCGUCACGAUCCUGACGCUGCUCUCCGUCCCGGAGACCGGUGGCGAUACUGCGUGGGUGUCGCAGACGGCGGCGUAUGCGCGACUUUCGAGGCCUAUCCAGACCUUGCUGGAGGGUUUGAGGGCAGAGCAUAGUGGUCACCCUCAGGCGGAGAACGCGAGGCGCGAUGGGAAGUUUGUGAGGAGGGAGCCGGUUAAGUCGGAGCAUCCGGUGGUCCGGAUUCACCCGGCAACUGGCCAGAAGGCGCUGUUCAUCAAUCCUGGCUUCACGAAGAAGAUUAUCGGCCUUCGUGAUGAGGAGUCGGAUGCUCUCCUAAAGCUCCUCUUCAAGGUUCGACACCUAUCCUCUACUCACGAAUCCAAUACUGACCAGGAACAAAACCAGCACAUCACGCUGGGCCAGGACUUCCAGGUCCGCAUCAAGUGGGAAGAGGGCACCGUCGCCCUCUGGGACAACCGCGUGACGGCGCACACGGCCAUCUCGGACUACAACGUCCACAACCCGCAAGAGGGUCUGCGCCACGGGUUCCGUAUCACGACGCUGGCAGACAAGCCAACGGGGGUGAACGGUCUGGAAUCCACGUGGUGA